AUGCGAGCAGCACGCCUUCUCACCGGAAUCACCUCUCAACGGUCCAUUCAAACAUCUAGAAUCAUGGCGAGCGGAAAGACCCUCACUAUCGAUAACAUCAAUCCAAAUGUGAUCACCAUGCAGUAUGCGGUCCGUGGUCCAAUCGUCAUCAGAGCCGUUGAAUUGGAGAAGGAGCUCGCCAAGGGAGCUCAGAAGCCAUUCCCAAAUGUCAUCAAGGCUAACAUUGGUGACGCUCAUGCUAUGGGUCAAAAACCGAUUACAUACAUUCGUCAGUUCCUUUCGUGUGUCGCCAAUCCGGCACUUUUGGAAGACAAGAGCAUGCCGAGUGAUGUUGUUCAGAAGGCCAAAGAAUUCCUUGCCAACUGCGGUGGACACUCUGCUGGAGCUUACAGUCAAAGUACCGGAGUCGAUAUUGUUCGCAAGCACGUUGCUGAGUAUAUUCAAAGACGUGACGGAGGCAUCCCAUCCAACUAUGAGAACAUCUGUCUUUCUGGUGGAGCCUCGGAGUCGAUUCGCAAUGUUCUUAAGUUGUUCAUCAACAAAAACAGCACGAGAAAGGUCGGAGUCAUGAUCCCAAUUCCACAGUAUCCAUUGUAUUCGGCCACCAUUGAGGAGUUCGGACUGGGACAGGUUGGGUAUUAUUUGAAUGAGUCGAGCAACUGGUCUUUGGAUGAAGCUGAGCUCGAGAGAUCGUUGGCUGAACAUAGCAAGAAGUACGACAUUCGUGUUCUCUGCGUUAUUAACCCAGGAAAUCCAACAGGACAGGUUCUUUCCCGCGACAAUAUUGAGACCAUUGUCAUGUUCGCUCAUAAGCAUAAGCUUUUCUUGCUUGCUGAUGAAGUCUACCAGGAUAACGUCUAUGCGCAAGGGUCAGCAUUCCACUCGUUCAAGAAGGUUGUUUCGGAAAUGGGAGAGCCUUACAACAAGAUUGAGCUCGCUUCAUUCCACUCGGUGUCGAAGGGAUACAUGGGUGAAUGUGGAAUGCGCGGAGGAUACGUUGAAUUCAUGAAUCUCGACCCUGAAGUUUAUGUUAUGUUCAAGAAGAUGAUCUCGGCAAAACUUUGUUCCACUGUUCUUGGACAGGCAGUUAUCGACACUGUUGUCAACCCACCAAAAGAAGGAGAACCAUCUUAUGAGCUCUGGAAGAAGGAGAAGGACGCCGUUUUGGCUUCGCUUAAAGAACGCGCCACCCUCGUCGAGAAGGCUUACAGCAGCAUCGAGGGAAUCAGCUGCAACCCGGUGCAAGGUGCCAUGUACGCUUUCCCGUGCGUCGAGAUUCCAGCCAAGGCUGUUGAAAAGGCCAGAUCCAUCAACCAAGAGCCCGACUUCUUCUACGCUAUGCAACUUUUGGAGAAAACUGGAGUUUGCAUCGUGCCAGGAAGCGGAUUCGGACAAAAGGAUGGAACUUAUCAUUUCAGAACCACAAUCCUGCCGCAAUCGGAGUUGUUCAAGGACAUGCUGAACCGAUUUACCAAGUUCCACAACGAGUUCCUUGCUGAAUACAAGUAG